GAAGGUUUUCAAAGGUGCACAGGGAACGAAAGGACGGGACGGUUGAUACGGAAGAAGGAGUGUUGUGUUUUGAGUCCAGCUGGACCCGGUUUAACCCCUCACUGGGGCUCAAAAUGCGCUGCGGAGUUUCGGACACAGCAGGCGGAGAGUUUGUGUGAACAAACAUGGAGCCGAGAUUCGGCAGCGAAGUGGCGUCGAUUGUGGAAGUGGCCAUCCAGGCGACUCUGUCUGUCUUCAGGGAUGUGUUGGCGAAAGAGGCGCCAAACACGGAGUGGGAAAAGGCGAGGAUGGGCGAGAUCCAAGAGAUAGAGAAGUCUCUGGUGGUGCAGAUCCACAAAGUGUUUACGGAGUUCUCCUCGGAGCUAUUCGAGGAGAACGAGGCUCUGCGGGCCAAAGUGGAGCAGCUGGAGGACGUGCUCCAGAGGAAAGCCGGGCAGCUCGAGCAGGAGCUGGAGGCCAGAGUGGGGCAGCUGGGCAGAGACAUGGAGCAGCUGGAGAAGGAGCUGAAGACCAUCAGCGAGGGCCCGACUCACGUCCUGCUGCAAGACGGCUCAGUGAUGGGAGGUCCUGUGCUGUCAGUGUCCACCAGUCCAGACGCCCCAGAAUCGGCUGCAGAAGAAUCGAAUCCAGACCCGCUGCCCAUUUCUGCAGGAGCUGCUGAAGUCGUCCCCACCUCCACGGCUGCAUCGGUGACCGUCCCCAAAGCUGCGGUCGCCCCCAUGGUGCUCGUGGGCAGAGUCAGCUCCGCUCCCACGGUGCUGUUGGUUGGUGCCAGCCAAAUCGUAGCGCAGUCAUCGGCCGUCUCAGAAACGACGGGAGCUGCAGCAAUCGUGCUCAAACCGGCGGCCUCGCCGGGCUCUACACCUCAAAAUGUCCCCAGUCCCGACUCCAGUACUGUCAGCGGUCUCGACUCGACACAGGAGAAGAAGUCUUUGGAAGGAGGAGCUUCAGGGAGGACAAGACGAACGAGAAGAGCAGCUGCUAAUAGUGAAGCAGUUUCCGUUGACAACGGCAGCGAGGAGAAACAAAGCAAGUCAGCUGAAGAGCCCGGCAGACGACUGAGAAAGACGGAUUCGCAGACAGCGAGGCGGUUCUUCUGUGAGCACUGCGACCUCGGUUUUCACUGGAAAGGCGAACUGAAGAAACACAUGAAGGUCCACAAGAAGCCUUUUCCUUGCGAUCAGUGUGGCAGGAGUUUCCUAGAGAAGGCGUCUCUGGAAAAUCACGUUUUGCGCCACGAGGCAAUGAAAGCCCCGCUGCCCUUCCCGUGCCCUCAGUGUAAACGAUCGUACAGGAAAGAGGAGUCGCUUCAGAACCAUCUCAAGCGGCACCAGCGGUCGAAGCCUCCGAAGCCGUUCUCCUGCGAUCAGUGCGGGAAAACGUUCCGAAUCAAGCAGUCUCUGGAAAACCACCUGUUGCGCCACGAGAAAUGGAAGCAGCUGCUGAAGUGCCAGCUCUGCGACAAGACCUGCAAGACGUCGGUUCAGCUCAAGUGUCACAUGGCCGUGCACUCGGAAGAAAGGCCCUUCAGCUGUGUGACAUGCGGGAAGGAGUUCAAGAGCAAAGACACGCUUCGCUUCCACCAGAUGGUUCACACAAACACCAAAAAGUAUAAAUGCACAAUGUGUGAGGAGACCUUCAAAUAUGCCCACUCGCUGACUGUGCAUAAGAGGAAGCACACAGGCGACAGUCCCUUCGUGUGCUCCGUGUGCAACAGGUCAUACAGGACCGGCACGGCUCUGAAAAGACACAGCGUGGUCCACACGGGAGAGAAGCCCUUCACCUGUCACAUAUGUGGAGCGAGGUUCAGCUUGAAUAACAACCUGAAAAGGCAUCUUCGCAUCCACACGGGAGAGAAGCCAUUCAGCUGCCAGGAGUGCGGCAAGAGCUUCUCAGACAACAACAAGCUCAAGUCCCACAUGCUCAUCCACGGCGCCAGGAAGCCGUUCAUGUGCGAUCUGUGUGGGAAGACCUUCCUGUUCAACUGCAGGCUGCAGAUACAUCAGAGGUACGUGCACGCCGACAGGAGCGAGCAGUCGGACGGCACGCAGAAUUUCUUCCAGACCCGACGGCAGAACAAGUCGCUGGUUAAACCGUACAGCUGCAAAAUAUGCCUGAAGGGUUUCAGCGCCGCGUGCUCGCUCAAACUUCACGAAAAAGGCCACAGCGAGCACAAGGAGUUCAACUGCGGCAUCUGUGGGAAGUCCUUCCACAACAAAUACUCUUUCAGCUAUCAUCAGCGGAGCCACACGGGCGAGAAGCCGUUCGUUUGCGACGUGUGCGGGAAGCGCUUUUUCCACGCCGCGAGUCUGAAGCAGCACGAGCGCAUUCACACGGGCGAGAAGCCGUACAAAUGCGACCAGUGCGGCAAGGCCUUCAGAACGGACGGCAACUUCUACAGACACAUGCGGAUCCACACGGGGGAGAAGCCGUUCGAGUGCGUGUACUGUCAGAGGAAGUUCCACCAGUCCAAUCAGCUCAAGUCCCACCUGCAAAUCCACACAGGGCAGAAGCUCUACUCCUGCCAGCAGUGUGGCCGAGGCUUCUCUGAUUCACGGCAGCUCAAGAAGCACAGCUGUGACGGGUCAGGGAAAAUGUCAGAAAACUUGGUGUUUUAUUCAGAAACAAAGUGUAUCAUGGAGACGGUUAUCCGGGUCGCUGUCGAUGUUAUUGGAAAUUCCAAAGUAGAAAACGACGCAGAGGAACAGACUAUGAACCGUAAGUUGGAUUUUGACAGCACUCUGGAGAUGUUAGCAUGUGAGGCAACAAGAAAGAUCUGCACCGUUUUCUCCCAGGUGUCUUUGCUGCUGCUCGCUGAAAACAGGACUCUGAAGGCCAAAGUGGGACAGUUGGAGAAUUCUUCAGGUUCAGAAGGUGGAGAGGCGAUGGAGGAGCUGAUGGAAGCAGUUUCUUUACCAGACAAUGGACCGGACGCCACAGCAGAUUGUACCUCCGCGGACUCAGCGGAGCCCGAAUACACCGAGAGCCAAAAGCGUCUGGAAGCAGAGGUUUUGAAGAAAGGCAGAGUGUUUGUGUGUGACAUCUGUAACAAGACUUUUAACCGACUCUUCCACCUGAUGAAGCACAUGAACAUCCACAAAGAGCAGCGGCCUUUCACCUGCGACCAGUGCCCGAGAAAGUUCAGGAACGCAGCGACUUUUGAGUACCACCUGCUGCGACACGAAGAGAAGAAGUACGCCAGCUACGAGUGCGAGCUCUGCCAGAAGAAGUUCAAAACGAAAAUGGGGCUGAAGACGCAUCAGGUGGUGCACACGGACGAAAGGCCGUUCGCCUGCUCCACCUGCGGGAAGGGCUUCAAGACCAAAUACAGCCUAAAGUCCCACCAGCUCGUGCACACGGUUGAGAAGCCGCACAAAUGCUCCGAGUGUGGAGAGAGCUUCAAAUACGCCUUCACCCUUCAGUGUCACAGAAGCAUCCACACUGGAGAGCACCCGUACAAAUGCACGGUGUGCGGCAAGGUUUUUAUAAAGAGACGAUCGCUCAGGACGCACCAGGCGGUCCACAGAGGGAAGAUGUUUACCUGUGAGACGUGCGGUGCUGGCUUCACCCUCCCUCAGAACCUGAAGAGACACAUGCACAUCCACACGGGCGAGAGGCCGUUCAAAUGUAAGGUGUGCGGGAAGGGUUUCAUUCAGGCCAACAAGCUGAAAGCACACAUGCUCCUUCACGGCGCUUCAAAGCCGUACAUGUGCGACCUGUGUGGGAAGACGUUUCUGUACAACUGCCACCUGAGGAGACACCAGAGCGUAACUCAUGACGAGAAGCACGGGCAGGUCAUGAGGAGACGGUCACGGGAGCGGGGCAGGCGCAGAGUAAUCUACCGGCAGGACAGGACGAUAGUGGACGUGACGCCGUUCAGCUGCGGCACCUGUCACAAGGGCUUCGACACUGCGUGUUCCCUGAAGAAACACGAGCUCAUUCACACGGGUCACAUGCAGUACCGCUGCAACCCGUGCGGGAAGUCCUUCUUCUACAAAGCCACCUAUGACUACCACCAGCGGGUCCACUCGGGAGAGAAGCCCUUCGGGUGUGACGUGUGCGGGAAGAGGUUCAUCAUCCGUCAGGCGCUCAAGAUCCAUAAGCUGCAGCACUCUGGAGAAAAGCCGCACAAAUGCGAGCAAUGCGGCAAGGCCUUCCGCAUGUACACGAACUACCAGAGACAUCAGCUGAUCCACACCGGAGAGAAGCCGUAUGAGUGCGAGGUCUGCGGCGUGAGAUCAGUCAGCAUGGCGGACCUGGAGCCGCGGGUUUGCGCCAUUUUGGAGAUAAUGGUGAACGCGGCGGUGUCAGAGAUGAACAAAGUUAUCGGCGCCUCGGAUCCUCCGCGUCCUCAAGAGACAUCAUGUGUGGCCGAAGACACGCACGGGUCCCCGGAGGAUAAGGUGAUCCAGUUGAGCGUCUUCAUGUCGUCUCUGGCUCAAGAAGCUGUGGAGAAGAUCUGCCAGCUCUUCCAUGAAUGUUCCUCUGCGCUGCGGCUAGAAGUGACGCAGGGUGUGGCAGAGAUCGAGGACCUGAAGAGGAGACUGGAGGUCGUGGAGACGGAGUUGAAGCUGGCGCUCGAGGGCAGCGGAGGUCAGAAGGACGUGGAGGAGCUGACGGAGGGAGGCAGCGGGCAAAAGGAGGGGAGGGUGGACGUUGAGGUUGUUCAGCUCGAGCAACGCUCAGGGAGGAAGAGUCGCAGAAGUGUGGUUAGCGGGGACGCCGGAGUGAAGAGAUCGCCCAUAAUUCAUCUGUGGAAAGGCAGAACAUAUGAUGACAGCAUCCAGCCUGUUAUAAUAAAAGAAGAAGGGUUUGAGUGCUUAGCCGACCGGAUGUCGUCUGACUCUGGUCAGUACAGAGAUGAGUUUUGGCAGGAUGAGGACGACCCCGACUACCAGGCGGAACCAGACGAUCCAGAUGAUGUCGACCCAGGAUACACCACCAGAUCCAAGCGUGUUGCAAAGGGAAAGUCCCACCAAGCUCAAGCAAAGAAGGAGAGUCAGAAGGAGGCGCCUCUGAGCUGCAAACACUGCCGGAAAACCUUCACCAAGCUGCUGCAGCUCAAAGCCCACCAGGUCGUCCACGGGGCGAGCGCGGAAAAGCCCUUCCAGUGUUCUCAGUGUGGCCGAGGCUUUGCGUUCCAGCGAAGCCUCAGUGCUCACAUGUUACUGCACACAGGUGAGAGGCCACACACCUGUGAUGUUUGUGGGAAAGGUUUCACCCUGAAGCAGCUCCUGAGAAACCACCAGCGUCUCCACGCUGACGUGCGGCCGUAUCGCUGCGAGCAGUGCGGUAAGAGCUUUUACCGGGCGCACGGCCUGAAGAUGCACCAGAUGGUCCACACUGGGGAGCGUGCCUAUAACUGCCAGUACUGCAACAAACGUUUCACAAUACAAGGGAACCUGCAGCGCCACCUGCGCAUACACACGGGCGAGAAGCCGUUCAGGUGCGAGACUUGCGGCAAAAGCUUCAACCAGGCCGACACUCUGAAAGGCCACCAGCGGAUUCACACCGGCGAGCGCCCCUUCAGUUGCGACACUUGCGGUAAGCGCUUCAUCCAGAAGAGCGCGCUGAAGAUGCACCAGAAGACCUCUCACGUGGACGAGAAGUCGCUCGCCUGCGUCGCGUGCGGCACCACGGUGGCCUGCGUCGACUCGCUGCGCAAACACCUCCAGACGCACGCGGCGACUAUUCCGUGCACCUGCGUGCUCUGCGGCCAGCGGCUCAGCUCCAUCACCGAACUGCGCUCGCACCAGCAGCAUCACACGGUGGACCGGCCUCACAGCUGCGGGCUCUGCGGCAAGAGUUUCAAGUCGUCCAGUUACCUGAAAAUUCACCUGAAAACGCACAGCGGGGAGAAGCCGUUCUCCUGCGACAUCUGCGGUCGCAUGUUUACACAGCAAAGCAGCCUUAAGUCCCAUCAGGUGGUCCACACAGGAGAGAAACCUUUCAGCUGCGACACCUGCGGGAAAUGCUUUAGCAACACCGGCAACUUGAACCGACACCAGCGCAUCCACACGGGGGAGAAGCCGUUCAGCUGUGACACGUGUGGGCGGAGCUUCAACCAGGGCAACAGCCUGAAGGCGCACCAGCAGAUUCACACCGGGGAGAAGCAGUUCAUGUGCGACAAGUGCGGCAAGAGUUUCUCCUACCUGAGGAACCUGAAAGACCACAAGUGCUUCUAUGUCUGAAGCUAAUCUGUGAGGCGAUGUCAGGUUAGCUGGGACUGAGUUAACACUGAAAGCGAUUUUGGUGAUUGUAAAGCUGGUUUUCUUCUGUCACUGCCAAGAAAGUGACGCAGGUAGAUACGGUGUGGAAUUUAUAAUGGUGGAAAAACAAUGUGAAGAGUGUUACAGCAUCUGUCUGUGAGAAUAGCUGACAAAACUGCAUUUCCAACGUUAAAACUAAACAGAGAGAGUUUUAGCUCUUUAUGUGAGUGCAUUUAUCACUGAACUAAGAAAAGCCUGGGUCAAAAUGAUCUUCAGCUUCUUGCCUUUUGUCAGCGUGAUGUAACUGAAAAGCCAAAAGCAGAUUUUUACCACCACAGUUGGUAUUAACGAGCCACAGAAGCAGCUGAUCCUUAUUAAAGACGAGGCAUUUUGCAGCAUUUUGCCCUUUGGUAAUGAUUUCUUGUUAUCGCGACUCACUCGCAGAUGGACGGGCCAGAUGCUUCAGCUCAGCGUAACAUUUAAAGCUCUUUGCCAGGGAGACUGAAGUUUGGCUUUUCUUACCUAGCGAACACAUUUUGUAUUGAAACGUGAGUAUUUUCUGUGUGAAUUUGUACCGACUCACCGAUAGUGCUCGCGAUGAGGAUGGGCUGUGUUUACAUCGCAUCACGUGCAGCACCACCACAGCACCUUUUCACACGUGUGAAAGCAAGCAAGUUUCACUAUGAGCAACACGUGCUCGUGCUUUCAGAGGUAGCAUGAACGGUUUUACUUUCCACAGUUACAGUUCUGUCGAAAUAGGAUCGCUAUUGCAUCUGCAGGCAUUGAUAUUUGGCGCCGCGGCUCUGUUUGGGGUCUUCCCGUCCUUCCGCACAUAUACAUGGAAAGCCUAAAGGCAGUCAGUUUGACUCUGUGGCCUGUUAGAAAAAAUGCUGUGCUCGGUAUAGCGGUAAUCUGUGGGCAGCUGUUACAUUAUAUUCCUCAUCUGGGCUGUAUAAUGUGUAAAAAUGGGAUGUCUGAUGUCGUUGUGCGGCUGAUAUUUAUAACGGUGCAACUCAAAGAGUGCUUUUCUGUCUUUUUCUCUCUUUUUUUAACAUCAUCUCACAUGAUGAGCGUCACUACGUGAAUGCCUUGUAUGCAUACAAAGAACCGGUGUGCUGAGAACAUAACAUACUGAAAGUAUUAUUUUGUGAAAAUACUUUAUUUGUAACUUCUCUUGUGGAGAGGAUAUUCACUCAACCUUGUAACUGAGUUCAAUUCAUAAAACAGUGAAAUGUAAA